GCGGGAGGGCUCCGCACCGCGCCGCCCCACUCGGCGGAUCGGAGCGGCUCGGAGAACGGCGCGGGGCAGGAAGGGGUGGAGCGGCCGGCGGAGCGCACGGGAGGGGAGGCGGCCGACAGACAUCCCGGCCAUGCUGCGGCCGGGCGCGGCGCCUCCGCCCAACGCUCGCGCGGAGCGGCCGCCCGACCAGCCCUGAGCCGGCGGACCCUGCCGGCCGGCCGCCUCCCCCGAUGGAGCCCGAGGAGCGGAAGAUCUCGGUGUGGAUCUGCCAGGAAGAGAAGCUGAUCUCGGGACUGUCCAGGCGCACCACCUGCUCGGACGUGGUGCGGGUGCUGCUGGAGGACAGCCACCACCGGCGGCAGCGGCCGGCGCUGCCCGAGCCCGGCGGCGGGAUGCUGUCGGGGCCGCCGCACUCCUACUGCAUCGUGGAGAAGUGGCGCGGGUUCGAGCGCAUCCUGCCCAACAAGACGAAGAUCCUGCGGCUGUGGGUGGCGUGGGGCGACGAACAGGAGAACGUGCGCUUCGUGCUGGUGCGCAGCGAGGCCUCUCUGCCCAACGCGGGUCCGCGCAGCGCCGAGGCGCGGGUGGUGCUGAGCAGGGAGCGGCCCGGCCACGGCUUGGGGGCGGCCCGCGCCAGCCGGGCGCUCACGCAGGAGCGGCAGCGGCGGGUGGUGCGAAAAGCUUUCCGCAAGCUCGCCAAGAUCAACAAGAAGCGGCAGCAGCCGCUGGCCCGGGAGGUCUCGUCUGCCGAGAGGAUGGAGACGCUGGUGCACCUGGUGCUCUCGCAGGACCACACCAUCCGGCAGCAGAUCCAGCGGCUGCGAGAGCUGGACCGCGAGAUCGACCGCUACGAGGCCAAGAUCCACCUGGACCGCAUGAAGAGGCACGGCGUCAACUACGUGCAGGACACCUACCUGGUGGGCGCCUGCGGCGAGGAGCCGGGUCGGGACGCGCAGCCCGGCGCCGGCCGCCCCGAGGACGACUACGCCAGGAAGUGCGAGGAGGUGCUGCAGCUGCAGGAGCAGCGAGCGCGGCAGGAGGAGCUGCUGGAGCACCUGGCCGCCGAGAUCCAGGAGGAGCUCAACGAGCGCUGGAUGAAGCGGCGGCGGGACGAGCUGGAGCUGGCGGCGGGUCCCGGCCUGGCCGAGACGGACUGCCACACCACCGAGCUGAGCGGCGGAGGCGAGGGCGAGCUGCAGCUGGAGCACGAGCGGGUCAAGACGCAACUGAGCACCAGCCUCUACAUCGGUCUCAAGCUCAGCACGGACCUAGAGGCCGUCAAAAGCGACCUGGACUGCACGCAGCGGGCUUGGGAGGCCCGAGAGCGGGAGCUGCAGCGGCUGCUGGAGACGCUGGGCACCCUGGACGUGGCGGAGGCGGCGGCGGAGCCGCGCGGGGCGGCGGGGGGAGGUUGGCCGGAUCCGGGGCUGCGCAAGGAUCGCGCCGACAACGACGAGGACUCAGACACGGGACUGAGCUCCAUGCACAGCCAGGACUCGGACUCGGUGCCCGUCUGCGAGUCCCUCGUGUAGCGCCCGCGGCGCUGCGCUCGCUGCCCGCAGCGGCCGGGGUACGGCCGGGGUACGGCCGCGGGCCGGGCGGGGGGCCGCGACUGCGCGGAGGUUGGAGCCGCGGCUCCAAAGCA